AUGGUAGUUGUAAAGAAGCCUCAGAAAUUGCGCAUAUGCCUAGAUCCAAAAGAUCUUAAUAGAGCCAUAAAGAGGCCACACUACCCCAUUCCGGUCAUUGAUGAUAUCCUUCCAAAUUUAGCCAAAGCCAAGGUCUUCACAGUAUUAGACGCCAAGGAUGGCUUCUGGCAAGUAAAGAUGGACGAGGCCAGUAGCUACCUGACAACUUUCUCCACACCGUUCGGGCGUUACAGAUACAAGCGCAUGCCAUUCGGGAUUUCCUCAGCACCCGAGGAAUUUCAACGUAGACAGCAUGAGAUUAUUGAGGGCCUGCCAGGAGUUGAAGUCAUAGCUGAUGACUUCAUAGUGUUUGGCUCAGGCGACACCAAGGAAGAAGCACUUGCUGACCACGAUAGGAACUUAGAAGAGUUCCUUAAAAGGGCUCGUAAGGUGAAUCUGAAGCUCAAUAGGGCCAAGCUGAAGCUGAGACAAAGUACAGUGACGUACAUGGGCCAUAAGCUGUCAACAGAUGGAUUACGUCCCGAUCCAGAGAAGAUUCGAGCUGUCGUGGGAAUGGCACCCCCAGCAGACAAAAAGGGUGUCCAAAGGCUGCUAGGUAGUGUUACCUACCUAGCCAAGUUUCUUCCCAGGCUUUCAGAAGUAGCAGAGCCUCUCCGGAGACUGACAGAUAAAGAGGCACACUUUGAAUGGCUCGAAUACCACGACCAAGCUCUGGGAGAAAUCAAGAAGAUGCUCACACAGGCACCUGUGCUGAAGUACUUUGAUAUAACACAGGAAGUGACAAUUCAGUGUGAUGCAUCAGAAAAGGGUCUUGGAGCCACACUCUUACAGAAUGGACAACCAGUGGUCUUCGCAUCCAGAGCUCUUUCAAGAACGGAACAGUGUUAUGCACAGAUAGAGAAGGAGUGCCUCUCCAUUGUGUUUGCUUGUGACAGAUUUGCACACUAUAUUCAAGGCAAGAAGACAACUGUCGAGACUGACCAUAAGCCCCUGGUGCCAAUCUUUGGCAAGAGUUUGCACAGAGCACCAAAAAGGCUUCAAAGAAUGUUGAUGAGGCUACAAAGAUACCAGUUGCAGCUACAGCAUAAGCCAGGAAAAGAUAUGCACAUAGCUGAUUGGCUGAGCCGUGCUUACUUACCCAAUGACAGGAAAGAAUCCAGGAUCUUUGACGAACUCGAGGUCAUCAACCAGAUGGAUCUCUUGAAAGUAAGUGCAGCCACUGAGCACCAACUGAGAUGUAGCACCGGUACAGACCAACAGCUUCAGGAGCUAAUGUUAAUGGUCCGACAAGGAUGGCCAGACAACAAGGAGGCUGUUCCUGGUAGCAUCCGGGAGUACUUCAAUUACAGGGAUGAGAUUACAGCCCAGAAUGGAAUCUUGUUUAAGGGACAGAAGGUGAUCAUCCCUAUGGCACUACGAAGUAUGAUGGUGGAAAAAGUGCACAGGAGCCACCUAGGAAUAGAGGCCUGCAUCAGACGGGCUAGGGACACACUUUUCUGGCCUGGAAUGGCAGCCCAAGUCAGAGAAAAGGUGGAGCAAUGCCCUACAUGCAAUUCCAUGAAGCCCAAACAGCAAAAGGAAACAAUGAUGUCAGCUGAAAUACCAAGCAGGCCAUGGAAGGUUGUGGGACAAGAUUUAUUCCAUGUGAAUAACAAGGAUUAUCUGGUGACGGUAGACUUCUACUCUGACUACUGGGAGCUGGACCAGAUGGAUGCCACGAGAGCCGGAGAUGUUGCCCAGUGCACUAAACAACAUUUCGCACGUUAUGGCAUCCCGGAGCGAGUCAUAACAGACAAUGGACCACAAUUUGUGGCCCAGGAAUACGCCCAAUUUGCAGCAGAAUGGGACUUUGAACACGUGACAAGCUCACCCAGAUACAGCCAGAGCAAUGGAAAAUCUGAGUCAGCUGUAAAGAUAGUAAAAACGAUCAUCAAGAAAGCUGUGAAGGAAGGUAGCGAUGUCCAACGAGCAAUACUGGAAUGGAGGAACACUCCUGAUCCUGAUGGAGUGAGUGCUGUCCAGAAACUGAUGUCAAGACGCACUCGUACAGGCCUUCCCACACCAGACGUACUACUAAUGCCUCAUGUAGUACCAAAUGUUCCUGAGCAAAUCAAAUUGAGAAAGCAGAAGGCCAAGCUCCAGUAUGACCGAGGGGCUAAGGAUCUACCAGAACUUAGAAUCGGCCAAGGUGUACUUCUACAGCCUGAUCUCCCUCACCAACCCUGGAGACAAGCGGUGUGUAGAAAGAUCCUUGGCGACAGGUCAUACUUGGUACAGACGGAUGACGGCCAUCAAUUUCGACGCAACCGCAGGUUCCUGAGAGCAACAGCCAACAGUGCUCCUGAGGCACCCUCUACAGAGCCGACAGAAGUUGAGCAUCAGCGACAACGCACUCGCCUUCAGUCUUCAUCUGAGGAGCGUACUGGCCGUAGCAGUGCCAUUGAGCAACAGGAAGUAACCCAGGAAUCUCCACCUCCUACAUCCCGUGGAGGUAGACCACAGCGGCAGAAGAAAAUCCCAGCAAAGUACAAUGAUUUUAUUCUUACUUAG